AACGCGCCAGAUCGAAGUUACGAUGCAGGACGGCGGGAAGACUGUCGAGGAACGCGCGGACGCCACGGCCGCUCGUAAACGAAACUUCUACAAGUUUGGCGAGCACGUCCUCAUGGAGGAAGAUCAACGCACCGAAUUCAAGGCUCACAAGGACAUGUCCAUCGAAGAGCUGUCGCAGGCAUGCAAGGACCAGCACUCCCGCCAGACCAUCUCUAGAACUAUCUGUGCCUUCUUGAACACUGGAAGAGGUGGGACUGUAUUUCUGGGAAUCCUUGACAAUGGUGAUGUCAAUGGCCUCCAUCUCACGGAAUACCAAAAAGACCACCUGCUUUUGAGUCUUGAAAAUUUGAUGAUGCGUUACAAGCCACCUGUCCCAAAACACAUGUAUGAGCUGCGAUUCGUUCCAGUCAUCUCUGAGGGUGUUCCAUUGCCAACAAAGCAAAGUCGUGAAAUGAACAGCAAAGAGAGGUUUAGGCCACACGAAUUGCAGUGUUCGAGGCCAUGCUGGUGCGACAAUGAAGCCACUGCUCAGUUGAACGUUGGUGGAGUGGUGAUGCGGUAUGUUGUUGAGAUCGACAUAUCCGCAUGGGAGAGCUCUGACUCGAGGAACAGUGUGCUCAACAUCAGCAAGAUGGGCAUCCAUCCCAUGUUUGACAACGAAGAGGAUAUCUGCUUCGUGCGACGUCAGGGCAGCAACAUUCGGUGCACUCUCCAAGAUGUCAUUGACAUGACCCGUCAAGAAAUUAAAAAUUAUUACUCCUCCAGUUGGACACUCAAAAGCCCCUAG